AUGGCGAAGCGGCCCGCAGCCGCGACUGCGGCUCGGCCCAAGCCGGCGGUCAAGAAGCCGGAGAAAAGCGGAAAGGCCGAGGCGAAGGCCAAGGCGAAGCCCAAGAAGGAGGAGGCCGGGGCCGGAGGGGCCGGAGCUCUGCCCAGCAAGACGGAAAAGAUGAAAGCACCGAAAAUCUACAAAGAGCCUUUUGCCAGGAUCUUUCCACGGUACGUCGCCUUGGCGAAGGAGACGGGCCACACCAUGGAAGAGGUCGGCCAGAUCGUCACGUGGCUUACCGGGUACCCGUUCGAGAGAAUCGCUCGGCACAUAGCCCGGAGAACAGAACUCGAAGAGUUCUUCGCAGAGGCAAAGCUCAACCCAAAACGAAGGCUCAUCACUGGCAGCGUUGGCGGGGAACGCGUGGAGUCCAUCGAGGACAAGACUGUGCGUGAGCUCCGGUACAUGGACAAGCUCGUAGAUGAGCUUGUGCAGGGGAAGCCCAUGGAUAAGAUUCUCCGCAAGUGA